UUCCAAGCUCACAAGUGAUGCUUGAAAGUGUGCAUAUCUGACUGUUCUUCUGCUUGUGGAUUCUUCCCUCCCUUGCCAAAUUCAACGAUUGUCUCCAACUCGCAGUCAUGGCAGAAAGAAAGCUCCCAGUUCAGCAAUUGACGAUUCUAGCAUUAUGUCGCUUUGCAGAGCCCUUGUCCAUGCUAUCCAUCCUUCCCUACCUACCCGAGAUGAUUGAGAGUUUUGGAGUGGCAGAAGAUGACAUCGCGCUAUGGGCCGGCGUUGCGGCCUCUCUAUACUCUGCCUGCGAAUGCAUUGCAGCAAUUCCUUGGAGCAUAUUGAGCGAUCACUUGGGAAGGCGACCGGUCAUUCUCGCGAGUCUUACUAUCACCAUGAUUACAAGUCUACUUUGGGGCUUCUCGACCAAUUUGACAAUGGCACUCACUGCACGCGUUCUCGCGGGACUUGGAAACGGUGUAGCCGGUAUUAUACGGACCAUGGUCGCAGAAUUGUGUCCGUGGAAGGAGCUUCAGCCAGUUGCGUUCAGCGUAAUGCCAAUUGUAUGGAACCUAGGAUCUAUAAUUGGACCUGCCUUCGGUGGCGCACUCUCGAAUCCUUAUGACAGGCUACCUGGAACUCCUGCUGGCCCACACUUCUUCGAAAAAUUCCCGUACGCUCUGCCAAAUGUAGCAUCUGCGGGUUUCUUUCUGGGUGGAAUAGUCAUUGGUAUAUUUUUUCUCAAAGAAACACUCCCGAGUCGGAAGGACCACGAGGAUGUCGCGUUAAGGAUGGGCAAAAGACUGACGUGCAGAGCACACGAAGGUCUACGGAAAGUCAGAUAUCUGUUUAUCCCAGGAAAUGAGGACGAAACAAAGCCGUUGCUCAGCGGCUCGAGUAGUACGAUGUUCGAGCCAAGCCUUGGAAGCGAGAGCAACGACGAUAUUCUAGAGGAAGAGGAUGAAGAUCAGAAAGGAAUGGUGACAUGGAGAGAUGUCCUCUCAAAGCAAUCUUCUCUUAAUCUGGUUGCUUAUGGUUUACUGUGCAUGCACUCCAUGAGCUAUGACCAGAUUCUUCCCGUAUUCAUGCAUCAUCCUGUUCAAAAUCCGAACGAUGCAGAUGUCAGCCUGCCUUUCAAGUUUAGUGGUGGAUUUGGCAUCGACACAAGUCAGAUAAGCACCCUUUUCACACUCUACGGCGUCGCAAGCAUGUUUUUCCAAUUCUUCAUCUUCCCGCCUUGUGUCCGAAGAUUCGGCACCCUCCGCUGCUUCAAAGCCUGCAGCGUCGUCUUCCCAAUCGCUUACUUCAUGACCCCAUUCGCCUCCCUCCUUCCUGGCACCUUCAGCAAAGAAGCGGUAAUACUUUUGAUAUGGUUUGUCAAGGGCUUGUGUACCAAUGUUGCAUUUCCAAGCUCAACAAUCUUGCUCAUGAAUAGUGUCAGUAACCCACGAUAUCUUGCGAGAUUUAACGGAGUCUCUGUGGUAGUGAGCUCUAUUGGGAGAGCAUUGGGACCUUCUAUCAUGGGUCCAAUGUUUACAUUUGGUGUCGAUAAAGGGUAUGUCAUUGUACCAUUUUGGACUUUGGCGGUAAUUACGGCGCUUGGAGUGAUUCCCGUCUUUUGUCUGAAAGAUCCUGAUGAGAUGGAACGAGAAAAUGAGUAAUGCUGGUCAUGAUUAUGAUUAUUUGCAACGAAAAGGUUGAAGAACUCGGCCGUGGCACUUCGGUUACGUCAGGCUCCCCGUGCCGCACGUCGGUUCGAGUUAGGGGCAAAAUAAGCGCUAAUGCUGCAAGGUUGUAUUACUAAUGAG